CAGCGCAACCCAACGGACGAGGGAGGAGAGGGAUGCUGCGCCUGUCGAAAUGUAUCGCGCUCCGUUUCAAUAUGUUACACAGAUGUAGGCUACAAUCUACUUGCUUAUGGUGACCUUGUUAUGAGUAUUAUUUUUGCAAUAACAUUGACUGACGCAGCGAGAUGGUGCGGCAGUAAGGAAUAUAUAUUUAUCCUGUUGUAGCCUCCCAGGACCGUUGUGCGAUGCGUCGCUGAUUUUUUUCUGCAUACAGGCUAUCCUUGAUAGAUUCGUCGUCUUUCGUCCUUGAUACAACGUUGUCGUCGGCAGAUAAUGUUGAAUUGAGCUCAAUUAUUGGACGAAUAGUAUAAAUGGUUUUGGAACAUUCCUGGAAAACAAUCAUGUAUGGAUCGAAGAACUUGUUUAUAGAUCUUAUGAAUUCCAUAUAGUAAUUCUGUGGGACUCCGUUCAAAAUUAUCUAAAAUAGCACGGGUGCAGGACAGGUGUGUCAUCAUGGAACCUACAGGCUCCACCUUGGACAUGCAAAUGAAGAGUGUUGAGAGGAGUACAGUGUUUCUCAGACAGGAACAUCUCACCCUACUGCAUGGCCUACACCUGGAGAUCCUGUCCUUGCAGAAACGAUGCACCGAGUUGACAUCUGAGCUGAAUGUGAAGCCUCCAGGCAAGAGUGAACUGGACCUGGCGGAGGAGGAAGAGCAGCUGGAGGCCCGCUGUCUGGAGGUUGAAGAUCGCCUGGCCGAGCAGCAGUGCACCCUGGGAGAGCUGCGUAAAGAGCUGAUUCACAAGGGGGCGCUGGUAGGCGCGCUGCGGGCUAACCUCAAGGACAAGGAGCGCCGCUUCCUGGACGAGCUGAAGAGCCGCAGCCACCGCUCCACAGUGCUCAACACAGAGCUGCAGAAGCAGACCGAGGCGGCAGCCUACCUCUCCUUCCAGCUGCACGCCGCCCGCCAGAAACUGCACCACCAGAGACUGCAGCAGAGGCAGCAGGCCCUCAGGGAGAACCGGGAGAAUAGGGAUCAUCAUGGGAAACCCCCUGGGCUCCAGUACAGCCAAGCAGCUGAGUGGGACACCGCCACCUUUUCUCCAUUUUCUCCUCAGUCGCCCUCUGGUUUCUCCAAUGCCUCCAAUGCCAGCUCCGCCAUUGCCUCCCCUGUGGUAAAGCCUAAACGCAGGGGCAGCAGGGCCACAUCAGGGCACCAGCUCCGGGCGGAGAGGGCCAGGGAGUGUGUCCCCCAGGAGAAGGUGAUGGGUCCCGCAGAGCCCACCGCCAUGCCUGACCCAGCGCUGUUCCUCCACCCUCACCGCAGGCACCACAGGUCCAGGGCCAGGCAUUCCCACUCCCCGGCCCACAGACAGCCUCCUCUGGUGGGGGAAAGAGGGGAGGAGGAGGGGGGUGGAGAGGGGCCAAUGGAGCCCCAGGAUGGAGCUCCUCCUAGAAUGGCAGCCACGGCCACAGCGCCACCUGCUGGCUGGUCAGAUCAAGGCUGAAUAGCUAGCCCCACUGUGACCAUCCCUAGAAAUGCAUCAUCAUCACUAGCAUCAUCAUUACUAUCAUCAUAAUAAUUGUAAUCAUCAUCCCUAUGACCGUCUGAUUUUAUUAAUACUGUAAAUUGCCCAUUGUCCUACACCUUGAUGGAAUUGAUUCUGAAAUUAAUAUAGCAUUGUUGAUUAUAAUCCUAUUAACUCUAAUGACUGGUAUUUAGAUGUAUUGCUAUAAUGGACACUUUUUAUAAUUAUACAUUUUGACAUGACCUGAAUUAACUCAAACUUCCAGGUUUACGAACACCCAAAGGGGGUUGUUGUUACAAAUCACUUCACGUCAAUGUGUGGAAUCAUGUAGUUGAAUGCAUUUACACUGGCGUCGCUCUAUAUAACGUUAUUAUGGGGCCUUAUCCGAGUGUGGCGUCCUUUGUGGAGGUUAGUUUAACCUAUGGCCUGUAGCCUUAGACCACAGCACCUACUGUGCAAUUACCUUACCCUACUGUGUCGUUUUAGGGCCAACCAUAAAUCAACACUGGGUCGCCCUUGUAGAAAAAAUGUGUCUGACCUCUGUUGCGCUGAGUCACAGUUGGGUAGCGUUUGAGCAUCUGCAUCUCUUGUAUGUCCUUGCUGUGAACACGAUUGAUCUUCAGAUCUUCAUUGUUGGCCUUCACUGGCAAAGGUCCCACAGGUCCAAGAGGGGUAGUCAUGCCGUCCUAUCCCACUGAAUCUUUCUUUAUUCCAUUGGUCAUACAAUAGGUAGGCCUACAGCACACUAUACAGUGCCUUGCGAAAGUAUUCGGCCCCCUUGAACUUUGCGACCUUUUGCCACAUUUCAG